CCAUAGACUGUACAACCCUGACCACGCUGUCUCUUCUGCAGAGGCGUGUCUGGGCGCGAGUGGGCGUGGCGGGCUUUGUCACGUAAUAACGCGUUAGCUCAUUCUUCCUCGGUUUCUUCACUACGUAAGGCUGACUUGGAGGGAAGUGAACGUCGCUAAGAAAAGAAAAAAUAGGAGAAGAGAGCAGAAACAACAACUACCCCCAAAGCUGCCGCAGGAGCAGUGAAGUGUCUUCAUGGCAGUUCGUCGAGGACACAUUAAGUACUUGAAAGCCCACCUGACCGAGGAGGUAUAUGACAUGUCGAACGGUUAUGAAGACCACAUGGGAGGGGACGAGGGGAAGGACGCCAAGACCAACCUGAUAGUGAACUACCUGCCUCAGAGCAUGUCGCAGGACGAGCUGCGGAGCCUCUUCAGCAGCAUCGGGGAGGUGGAGUCUGCCAAGCUGAUUCGAGACAAAGUCGCAGGCCACAGUUUAGGGUACGGAUUUGUUAACUAUCUUAACCCUAGUGAUGCAGACAGAGCUAUCAGUACACUGAAUGGACUAAGGCUACAGUCCAAAACUAUCAAGGUUUCAUACGCACGACCCAGCUCUGACACAAUAAAGGAUGCCAACCUGUAUAUCAGCGGCCUGCCGAAGGCCAUGACCCAGAAGGAUGUGGAGGAUAUGUUUUCACGUUUUGGCCGCAUCAUUAACUCCCGUGUACUUGUUGACCAGGCCACAGGUACGACAGGCUCAUCCCGAGGGGUGGCUUUUAUCAGGUUUGACAAGCGGGCAGAGGCAGAGGAUGCCGUCAAAAACCUGAAUGGCCAAAAACCACCUGGAUCCUCUGAGCCAAUCACAGUGAAAUUUGCCGCCAACCCAAACCAGGUGAAGAACACGCAGAUCAUCUCUCAGCUCUACCACAACCAGUCCCGACGCUUCGGAGGGCCCGUACACCACCAGGCACAGCGGUUUAGGUUCUCCCCCAUGGGCGUUGACCACAUGAGCAGCAUGGGAAGCGCCAGUGUUCCUGGGAACGCCACCUCCGGCUGGUGCAUCUUCAUCUACAACCUGGGCCAGGACGCCGACGAGAGCAUCCUUUGGCAGAUGUUCGGUCCCUUUGGCGCCGUCACCAACGUCAAGGUGAUCCGAGACUUCAACACCAACAAGUGUAAGGGAUUCGGCUUCGUUACCAUGACAAACUACGAGGAGGCGGCCAUGGCCAUCGCCAGCCUGAACGGCUACCGGCUUGGAGACAAGAUACUGCAAGUGUCCUUUAAGACCAGCAAGGGCCACAAGUAGAGAGAGUGCGACAAUCGGGUGUAGAGGAAAAAUGGAAAUGACCUGCGCCGGGCUUUUACAGCAGCGAGCAGAAGUAUGAGUUUUAGAAGUCUGGCACAUCUGUUUUGGUUUUAGUGUAUUCAGAGUUAAACGAGAUGUUCACUCUUCUGCACCUUUGUACUUGUCUAAAGAGUGUCUAGACAGAUUUUUUUUUUUUCUUUUCUUUUUUUCAUCUUUAUACUCAUGCUUGGAGCUUGAGGACACGCAGUAGUUUUAAUUUUUAGUGAGGGGAUGGAGAGGGCAAAAUCCCAUCAUACCACCAAGAUAACUUUUUGAAAAUUAUCUAAAAAACUAAAAUUCUGUCCGUAUGUGUUGCAUGUAUAUGUGGGGACUAGAUAAAGGAGACACGCAAAUGGUUCUGAGCCGUGCACUAAAAAAUACAGAGCUUAAGGAAAGCCCUGCAAAUUGUUCUCCAACUGUGAAUGUUUGUGGAUGAUUUAGUCUAAAGAGGAAGCGAGGAACAAUAUUUUGCCCGUUGCCAGUGGUUGUUUUCGUUUUGGAAAAGCUGUGCUCUGUUCUGGAUCCUCGUCAUAAGUAGAAAUAGAUGCCUUAAAUUAUCAUCCAGUGGACACAGACCUACAAUACCACUCACUGUCUCAAGUCAAUCUAAGAGCAAAGCACUUUUAACCAAUCUGCUUUAGGUUACUAUGAAUAUCAGUCUUUUCCAUGUUAAUCUAUGACUUUUGCUCAGCCUCCUACCAGGUUAACAAGUUUAAACAUGACAAGCUCUGGAGGGAAAUGUUUUUGUUUUGGUAUCCCUGUGUAAAGUGUCUUUUUGUUUAAGUUGUAAUUCAGUACAAGUCAUGUAGAAUACGAACCCCAGUCAAUGAGUAGGGAAUUAGGAUGGACCAAAGGCAGGGAGAGAUUUGAUCCUAUUACUACAAGAAUUCUCAUUUAAGGUAAAUGUAUACCUAUUUUUCUUUUUUCUUUUGAAGAGGUACUAAGGUUAUAUCUGACGCUGACUGAGAGUAACAUCACUUUGGCUCAGUGUGCCGUUCGUUUUCUUUUUUUCUUUUGAGUUAAUUUGUAUUCAUUUUUUUUUUUUUCUAAAGGCAUAUAUUUCCAUUUGUUACCAUGUAAGUUACAAACUUGUUUGGAUGAGUGCUUAUCUCAAUAGCUCAAGUUUGGAAAGAAAUGAAUGGCCUUUAUUCAUGAUUUCAGUUUAGAUUUGCUUUCUUUUCUUUCUUUUGUUUUGGUUGUUUCACAUUGAGCAUAAACCAUUAAAUUUUAUUUCUUUUUGCUGAAAGUUUUGUUUGGUUUGUUUCUUUUUUAUUGACAUUUUUUUUAGAUUUGGAGUUUUCUUCUAUUUGUUCUAUUAUUUUUCUAUUAGCAAAUCUGCAGUGUUAAUGAAAGGUCCCCGGUCAAGCAAAAACAGGCCGUUACAAAAAGUGUUUCCACUGGAGGCUUCUAAACGCCUGAGGCAGGUUAACAUUUUUUUUUUUAAAGAAACAAUAUACGGCCCAAUGUUAGUUGUUAGAGAAAAGAUUAUUUAAUCUGUACACAGACACUUGAAGGAAAUGUAUUGUCCUGAAGACAUUUGAUGAAGCAACUUUUCUAAGAUUGCCAGAUUGACCGUUUGAACCACUCAAGAGCAACAUAAUUAGCAUGUUGAAGCCCUACGUUGGCACUUUGAUACAGUUGUCUUUUAAGCAGUUUUGAGUAGAAUCAAAGGCUUAUUUAUUAACAUCUGGCUCAGCAAAUCUGCGUUUUGGCACCUGGCUGUUUGGGGAGGGCGAUUUUACAUUUACAACACGGCAAAUAAGUAUAUAUUGUUCACUUGAAGAUUUUGUCUUUUAGACCCAAACCCAUUGCUCUGAUCUUUGUCUAGUGGGGGUUACUUUUAACUAGUGAGGCUUUGUUUACUUCGUAUGUCAUCCAUUUAGAAACGAUCAUUGGCAUGUCAUAGCUCAUCUUUUAAUAGUGAUGAAUUUGGUAGAUUUGUCGUGUUCUCCAAGGUGGUUGACCGGUGGAACAUCACCAUUGGUACCGUAAUUGUUCUUGAUUUAACUUGACCACAAAUUGAACAGAGGGACCACUGAUAGAGUAACAAAUAAAUCAUUUCUGGCAACAGUACCUGCUCACACUUUUUAGGAUUCGCUUUUAAAAAACCUUUUUCCCCCCCAGUAAUAAUUCCCUUUCGCUUCAUUAAUGCCUCUUUAAUCUGUGCCCCUUCCGAAGAAUAUUCACAUUUUAAGCUUCAGAUUUUGUCAAGUGCUUUUUGAUUUAGUAUUUUCAUGUUAUUUUUGUGUCACAAUUCUUAACUUAUCCUUAACUUUGUGCAAUAUUUCGUGACUUGCUUGCUCAAAGCAGGUAAUAGAAAGUUGUAGUCUUGGACUGUCAUCUUUUUUUAUGAUUUCCUUUUUCUACUGACGUUUUAGGUUACUGCUCAGUUUUCUUCAGCAGUCUAGUUAGAAUUGCAUGAAUGAUGCAAGUGAAUUUGUUUUCGGGCAGUCAGAAUAAGCUGCAUUCAGCCUUAAUUUAUAAGUGGGAAUGGUGUAUUUUACAUCAGAGGAGGCGCAGAUAAUUUAUUAAACGAUGUAUGCGGUCAUACUUGUUACUUAUUGGAGUGUUUUUAAUGGAUCAUUUUCAAAAACAUUUUUGUUUUUCUUGGUUUUUGAAGGACACUAAGUUGAAGUCCAUUAAAUGUCUUCUAACAUUGGAUAAUUUCAAUAAAAACAUGGUGGCUUUUCAGAGUUGAAAA